CGCAAUCCAUAUAAUCAUCGGAGGAAUAAUCGCUGCAAAUGGCGAUCAAUAUGUUUGGUCUCAUAGUUUCCGGAAGACUUGUUCAGACGGACUUCGUGUCGGUUGAUGUGAACAAGUGUUUGAUUACAAUCCAAAACGCCGAUGACAUCAACCAUGUGGUCGUCUUCAUGACUGGUUCCCAACCAUUCCCAGAAGGCAUGGCCGGCACCGUAUACUUCAGUUUCCCGGACCCGUUGUCACCGCCGACGUGGAUAUACUUGGGAUUCAUAUCCAACGACAAGCCUUCGGCCAUAUUUAAGAUCACAAAAUUGAAACCAACGACUGAUACAAACGUGCUGGCGAGUGGUGAUAGUCGUGGGUUUGGGUUCGCGCAGCCGAUUGUGUCACACGUGGCACAGAUAGGCAUCUCGACGGAGCCGAUGGCCGUCAUCUCGCAGAUGGUGUCCGACCCCAACGCCAACCCAACCCAACAAAACAAUUUCGAUGACUUCGCCGUCAAAGCGGCCGAAAAUCUGUUCAAUUAUUGCACGUCUUUCUCAAACUCUUUGCAACAGUUCCUCAACUCUCCACUCAAUGGCCAACAGUUUAUACCGAUGUCUACAAUACAACAAUGGUAUGAGAACUUCACCCGAAGAUUGCGACAAAACCCACACUUCUGGAGGAAUUGAUUGGCUUUUAUUCGUAUAUAAAAAUAUGAUAUGUUUUGUGAUAUAUUUAGUGCACUAUAUCUGUGCCUUAAGCUCGCAAUCAUUGAGAAGUAAUUGAAGCAAAUAUUCAAUUACUUUGACGUUCACUGAGUUUCCGAGUAAUCGAUACUUUUGUUUAAUUGUCAAGUCUUCGGGAAAGUCUGAAACGGAUGUCAAAAUAGGUGUUAAUUGAUCAUCAAAUCAUUAGAGUAUAGCUUUUGUUAUUCAUUAUGUUU